CUCCACAUAGCCUCAGAGCUUACCAGCUCCAGAUGGCUCUUCUAGAGUUUCCUAGAGCGGCCCCCUCCCAUAGCUCUAGAAGAGUCAUUUGUUGUCCUGUGGAGAAGAGGAGGCACAAAGAGCCUGAGGUGAGGAUACCCUAACCUGCUCUGACCAGCAAUGGGAUGGGAUUGUGGCACUUUCUUUCUGUGCUCCAGGCUUGGGGCUCCUGCUUCCUCUUCUGGGACAGGGGAGAGGAAGCUGACUUGUGGUCCUUUCUCCCAAACCACUGAAUCCUGACAAACCCUCGUGCUUGCCCAUGCGGAACUGAGACCCUGUGUUGUGAGGGAGAGCUGGGCAUAGGAUGUGGUGCAGGUCCAUGUCUGAAUUCUGCGAUGCACUUUCCUACCAAGGCUGGGGUCUCCUCUAGGUGCCAGUUUCUCUGCCCAUAAAAUGGAGUGGCUCUGCGAAUGGGGGCUGUUGUAGUUUCCAUGGAGACUCCUACCUCAGCAAGUGGUGAGAAGAGGGUUUGGGAAGGAAUAAGAACCCUAAGGGGACAGAAAUGGUCUGUGGCCGGGGCACAUGCUCCCUGUGUCAGGCCUUUGGGUGGGGAUGUCAUUUGCCGGCUCUGGGGGGGAUCAGAAUGCCUCCCUCUUCCUCAAAAGUCUCACUGUCCCUUCAGAAGUCCUAUUCUGAGCCCUUCCCCUCAGGGUGUCCACCCCAAGGCCAGCCCUUUUCCCAGGGCCUGGCAGCUUCAGAGGUUGGUGGGAAGAGGAAGGAAGAAGGGAGCAGAGCUAGAGUGAUUCCAGAAUUGGGCCUUGAGGAGGGAGGAGCGUGUUUUUUACCCGAGGGUGCCAGCCUCUCCCCUUGUUUGCUCUGAGAUAGUCAGUCUUGUUCCUGCCCGGCACCAAGGCGGCUGCCCUUGGGGCGCUCCCGUCCCUCCCAGACACCCGGGAAGGGGGACCAUGGCCAAGCUCCCUGGACCUUUUGUCUGCGGGGCCCUGCUGGGAUUCCUGCGCCUAAGUGCCCCAGGGCUAGCCGUGGAGGUGAAGGUACCCUCGGAGCCGCUGAGCACGCCCGUGGGCAAGACUGCCGAGCUGGCCUGCAGCUACAGCACUUCGGUGGGAGACAGCUUCGCCCUGGAGUGGAGCUUUGUGCAGCCUGGGGAGCCUAUCUCUGCAUCCCAUCCUAUCCUGUACUUCACCAAUGGCCAUCUGUAUCCAACUGGUUCUAAGGCAAAGCGGGCCAGCCUGCUUCACAACCCACCCACGGGAGGGGUGGCCACCCUGAAACUGGCUGAUGUCCACCCCUCAGACACUGGAACCUACCUCUGCCAUGUUAAUAACCCACCAGAUUUCUACACCAAUGGGUUAGGGCUAAUCAACUUUACUGUGCUGGUGCCUCCCAGUAACCCCUUAUGCAGUCAGAGUGGGCAAACCUCUGUGGGUGGCUCGGCUGCACUGAGAUGCCACUCCUCUCAGGGAGCUCCCAAGCCAGUGUACAACUGGGUGCACCUUGGAUCUUCUCCCACACCCUCUCCUGGCAGCAUGGUUCAAGAUGAGGUGUCUGGCCAGCUCAUUCUCACGAAUCUCUCCCUGACCUCUUCGGGCACCUACCGCUGUGUGGCCGCCAACCAGAUGGGCAGUGCAUCCUGUGAGCUGACCCUCUCUGUGACUGAUCCCUCCAAAGGCCGAGUGGCUGGGGCUCUGAUUGGGGUGCUCCUGGGUGUGCUGUUGCUGUCAGUUGCUGCCUUCUGCCUGAUCAGGUUCCAGAAAGACAGGAAGAAGAAGCCCAAAGAGACCUAUGGGGGUAGUGACCUUCGGGAGGAUGCCACUGCCCCAGGAAUUUCUGAGCAAACUUCGGAGAGGGGUGAUUCUAGCCUCGGGCUCCUGGAGAGGCCCCCGUCUGCCAGCACUGUGACGACCACGAAGUCCAAGCUCCCUGUGGUUGUCUGAAUUCUCCUGAACCUGAGGGCGGUGAAGGAGGAUGUCAAUAAUUAAAGUCUUUGGGUACCAUA